UUUUUUUUUUUGAAUCAGUCAUUGAUGCAAUUUAAUGUGAUUGAAGGUGGAUGGAGAAUCAUUAGAAAGAGCUAUGAGCUCCAGUCAGAAAAAUGAAUAUACGGCUGUUCUUUUCUAUGCUUCAUGGUGUCCAUUCUCAAGCAUCUUUCAGUCAAAGUUUUCUACUCUCAGUUCCAUGUAUCCUCAGGUCAAACAUCUAAUGGUCGAACAAACUUCAGUCCUGCCCAGUGUAUUUUCGAGAUAUGGGAUUCACAGUGUACCCUCGCUAUUGAUAGUGGAUCAGAAAUCAAGAAUGAGAUAUCAUGGUCAAAAAGAUCUUCAGUCUCUUGUAAAUUUCUACAGAAAAAAGACAGGGCUGGAUCCUGUAGUGGAUAUGGUUGAAGAUACAUCAUGUCAUUCGAAGAGCGAUCAAAAAGUUUCUCAGCUUUGGAAUGGAGCAUCGUUGAAGGAAAAAUUCCUGAAGGAACCUUAUCUAUUAUUCUCGAUAUUAUUUGUCAUGUCAAGGGGUUUUCAAUAUCUAUUCCCAGAGAUUGCGCCUCAUAUAAUGGCUAUAUGGGCAGCAUAUGUUCCUCAUUUGAAUAUCGGGAUUUUUGGAGAUUCGAGGCAGAUAAUAGGGCGAGUGUUGCAUGUGAUUGAUGUGAAUGGAAUUUGGAGCAAGCUGAAGAUGUGUAAAACAAGAAACUUCCAUAGAGGAGCGAGAAAUGCUCGGGUUUGGGCAUCAUCUCUGACAUCUUGAGAGCGCUAUAAAACUAGUUGAGGCUCGGCUCGUAAACGGAACGAACUUUUGUGCAGGAGGUUUCUGCACCCUAUCUUUCCUCUUCAUGUGAACUUCAAUUCUUGCAUACUUUGUAUUGAGAGUCACUAUACUCUAUGUAAAGACAUUUUGAGAUGUCUCUUGUAAUUUCAGUUGUAGAGAGAGGAAACACCAUGUAAAUUUUAACCAUUUUCAUUUUUUGUGUACAUUAUUUAUUGACAAUCGGUCCU